CAGGCUCUAGAUUUGUUCUGAUUAUUAAGUAUUCAUGCCCUCAUCCACUGUAAAUUCCUGAAUCUCUUGUAAGCAUUUUCAUUGAGCUGGCUUCCUCACAGAGCAAAUCUUCCAUGUGGAGUAUUGUGUAAAGCCAAGAGCACAAUAAAAUACCUGGUUCUCAUCAGAAUAUUGAAUUUUACAAACUGUGUGAACGGGGGGAUGACAAUGAAACACUUCUUAUUUUUGGCCGUUGCUGCUGGCUUCCUGCCUGUUUUGAUUAUAAGAGCAAAACCAGCUAAAGUUCCAUAUGAUACACUCCUUACCGAAUUGGCAAUUGUCCAAGAAGAAAUAGUGACUGUACAUAACACCCUCAGGAGAGGCGUAUUUCCACCAGCCAGCAACAUGCUGAAAAUGAAUUGGAGUGAAGAAGCUGCACAAAAUGCCAGAGUGUUGUCCAAAGACUGUGAAUUUGUAGAGAGCAAUGCACUGAAGAGGCGAAUUACAAAUACUUUUUGUGGAGAAAAUAUGCAUUUGACAUCUUAUCCUAUCUCAUGGUCAAAUGUAAUCAGAAUCUGGUACAAUGAGUCUAAAUAUUUCAAGUAUGGGGAAUGGACCUCGACCGAUGAUGACAUGACGAUUGAACAUUAUACUCAGGUUGUUUGGGCCACUUCUUACCUUAUCGGCUGUGGCAUAUCAUCAUGUCACAGAGGAAUUCAAUAUCUCUACAUUUGUCACUAUUGUCACGAGGGAAAUGAUCCUGACAAAAAGAAUGUACCUUAUAAAAACGGAACUCCAUGUGGAGACUGUCCAAAUAACUGUGAAGAUAAACUCUGCACGAACCCUUGCGUCUACUACGAUGAAUACAGUAACUGUAAGACACAAACACGAGGUCUUGGCUGCAGCCACCUGUCCGUUCAACGACUCUGCAAAGCUAGUUGUCUGUGUCACAAUGAGAUAAAAUAGCCCUUGUUAUUUGCAAC